AUGACUAACGAGACAUCGAUGAUGGCGGACGUGAUACGUGAGGUAGUCAGAGACACAUUGGAAAAAGAUGGCCGUGAUAUUUCUGACCUAAAAGUCGAGAGGUUCGAUAGCGGUGGGGCGAACUACACAUCGAUCUUGUACAGAGUCAUCGUAACCACAGCGGGGGAUGAGUUGCGUCUGUUUGCAAAGGUCGCCUCAUUCGGUGAGAUGACGCGAGAUCAUGUCCAAGCCGAUUGGAUAUACUACACUGAACGGUACGUCUACACGAAACUGGCAAAGGUGUACGACGAUAUACAGAGGCGGUAUGCCGUUCCUCUUGAGCACAGGUUCGUCUUCCCCAAGUUCUUUGGCUGUAGCAUGGAGCAGGGCAGCGAGACCGUGGUUACCGAGGACUUGUGCGCGCGAGGGUACAGUUCUUACGAUAGAUUCAGACCUAUGGACUGGGAGUACGCUUCGACGUCGAUGAAGACGCUGGCCAGGUUUCAUGCGCUGUCUUUUGCCUACGAGAAGGAGCAACCGGAGGAGUUCAAGAGGGUCGCCAAAGAGAUGGAGUCAAAAAUGAAUACGGAGGCUGAGAACCUGAAGGAGUUAUGGGUCAAGUUAGUGGAGAACUCGGUAGCGGUGAUCGAAGAAGAGAAAAGAGAAAGAGUGAGGAAGAUAAUGUACGAUGAGAACACGAUGAACGAUUACGCGAAACCAGUGAAGAAGGUCGUGCUAGUGCACGGCGAUUAUAGAUUGAGCAAUUUGCUCUUUAAAAAACAGGACGACGGUCUUGAAGCGGUGGCUGUGGAUUACCAGUUGGUCAACUCGGGCUGUUUGGUGAGCGACAUCGUGUACUUCAUCAGCCUCGGCUCCGACCACCAGUUCCGGGCCAAGUACUUCCACAAGCUCAUCGAUUACUACUACGAGCAACUCGCACUUUCGCUAGAGAGGCUGUCGGUGGAUAUUGUCGACGUUUACCCCAGGGAAACUUUCGAUAUGGAGUUGAAAAAGAAACUUCCACAAAUGGUUUUGCACGGGGUGAUGAUCCUGCCCGCCGUGACGGUGGACCCUGACGAGGCGCCGAAAUUAUCAGACGACGUCGCCAACCUACUGAUGGAGCCCAACGAUUUAUACAAGGAGAGGUUUAACGGAAUCAUCGACGACUGCAUUGAGUGGGGAGUCAUU